CGAUACAAUUAGUACUUUUUCUCAAUUGAUUUUCCUCGUCGCUUCAUUAUUUUUAUUAAUACAAUUUUGACGCGAUUUAAAAGGAAGUGUGCAGUCGUAUUGCUGGAGUCAGAGCUUGCAGGCCUUUCGUCAUAGCAAUUAUGGAUAUACCGUCAAUAUCUGAGUGGUUUAACCACCGAAACGUAUUUGUCACCGGUGGUACCGGGUUCAUGGGGAAGGUUCUGAUCUACAAGUUACUCGAUAGUUGCAACAAUCUAGGGAACGUGUUUCUGCUGAUCAGGAAGAAGAAGGGGCUUGAUCCUCAGGCAAGGCUACAGCUGAUACUACAGCAAGAACCAUUCAAAAUCAUCAAGGAAAAGUAUCCGGAGAGAUUGAAGAAACUCAUAUUGGUACCUGGCGAGACCACGUCGGAGGAUCUCGGUUUAUCAACCGACGAUAAGGCGAGACUAUUGAAAGAGGUUUCCGUAGUCUUCCACAUGGCAGCAAACGUCAAGUUUGACUUGUCAUUGAAAGAGGCGGUAAAUAUAAACACCGUCGGCACGAUGAACGUUCUAAAUUUCGUUAAACAGAUGCCGCAUUUACAAUCUUUCAUCCACGUGUCCACCUCGUACUGCCACUGCAACGAAGAUGUGUUAGAAGAAAAAAGUUACCUCUGCUCGAUGAAGCCCGAGAAGGUAAUACAAACAGUAAACGAUAUGACUGAUGACGUUCUUAAAGUGAUGACGCCAAAGAUAUUACAAGGACUACCGAAUACCUACGCUUUUAGUAAAGCGCUUAGCGAGGACUUGGUCCAGAGGUCUGGUCUGCCUGCGGGCGUAGCUAGACCUUCUAUAGUGGUCGCAUCCUGGAAAGAACCAGCACCGGGUUGGGUAGAAAAUAUGAACGGACCGACGGGCUUGAUGGUCGGUGCUGGAAAAGGGGUGAUCCGCACGGUGCUGUGUAAUUAUAAUUAUUUACUGAACCUGAUCCCUUGCGACAUGGCGAUCAACGCGAUUAUCGGGUUAGCGUGGAAAGUAGGGAGGGAAAAACCAGAAGAGCCGAUAUUUAUGAACGUCACUAGCGGUUCCGAGAACCCGAUUUCUUGGGGAUAUGCUGUGGACACCGGGAAAAAACACGCUACGACAUAUCCGUUCACAGGAGUACUUUGGUAUCCGGGCGGAAGCGUCACCACGUUAAAGUUCUAUCACUGGAUACGUGUCCUCUUUUUCCACCUACUACCUGCAUAUUUCUUAGAUGGGCUAAUCGUUUUAACCGGGAAUAAACCUUUUUUGGUGAAGGUACAACGCAGAGUGAAUGCUGGUAUCGAAUUAGUACAAUAUUAUACCACAAAGCAAUGGGACUUUCGAAACGACCGGAUGAGACAUUUACAGGAGGAAUUAAACUCAUCUGACAGAGAAGAAUUUUUUAUGGACACGAAAUCAAUAUCCUGGGAUGAUUAUUUAUGUAGAUAUAUUCAAGGCACAAGGAAAUAUUGUUUAAAGGAUGACCCUUCGACUCUACCUCGCGCGCGAAAAGUUCUCAUGUGCCUGUACUUCGCGGACUGGCUCGUUAAAAUUGGUCUAACUGUGCUGUUCUUCUGGUUUAUGUAUUCUUGGAUAAUCCGCCAUCCGUCAGAACUGACUACCACGACUAUUGACGAAAUCUGAUUAGCUUUAGAUAAAAUAUUAGUCUGAAUAGAUGUACCUAAUAAAUAUUAUCUGUAUGUGUACCUUGUUGACUUAUGCAGAGUCAGUAAGAAUUGUCAUAUGGAGUAACCGGUUUAAGAAUUUAAUUAAAAUAUAUUGUAUAUGAACUUAUUAUACAAAAUUUUUAAAACUAUUUCUAACAAACUUUAUAAUAAGAUUAAUGACUAUAGCAAAAUAUUAAA